AUGGCUUAUUUAACCCAGCCCGAUUAUGUUAAAUAUGUUUGCUCUUGCGGCCAGCUCAAACCCAUUACGAGCCUGUAUUUUUGUCGACACUGCUUACAAAUACGAUGCGGCUUUUGCAUUUGUCAUGAGGUGGACUCACAUUAUUGUGCCAACUGCUUGGAGAACAUGCCAUCUUCAGAAGCAAGACUCAAAAAGAACCGCUGCAGCAGUUGCUUUGACUGUCCAAGCUGCUUUCACACACUUUCAACAAGGGCUACACUAGCGCAACCACGACAAUCUGUCGAACAGGGAUCUGGUGAUACGAAGGUUGAGAACAAGCAACCUAAGAAGAUGUAUUAUCUGUCCUGUUUCAAUUGUCGCUGGACUUCUAGAGAUGUUGGUAUACCAGACCAACCUGUGGCAUCUGGUGGAUGGCCAGAGAGAGUUAACCCUCAUGCAGCUCGAGUUAAUCAAUUACUAGAUUAUUACAAGGCAAUAGCGCAGCAAGAGAAGCAGGAGAAAUUGGAUAGAGAAAGGAAGAAAUAUGCUAUUAGAGGAAAAUAUCUCACUCUUACAGACAAGACGGGUUUGACGGGUGCCAUGGCUCGAAACCUCGCCGGACUCCCUUCCAGCGAGAGUUCCUCGUCAGCCAUCGCGAGCUUCACGCCCAGCCAGGCCUCAGCCGAGGUGGAGCAGUUGCCGGAAGAGUUCUACACCAAGGAGUUGAAUUUGAACCAAAUGACGAGCAUGUCGCAGCGGCUGGCGUCGCCCGAGUGGCAGCCGAGCAGCGUGUCGCGGCUGCACCCGAUCGCGAAGCUGCUGAGCGUGAAGCGCAGCCAGCGCUGCCGCGCCUGCGACCACAACCUCACCAAGCCCGAGUACAACCCGGGCUCCAUCAAGUUCAAGAUCGAGCUGCUGGCCUACUAUCACGUGCCAGAGGUCAAGAUAAUAUCGUACGAGCCAGUCAAGCCAGGCAGCACGUCGGCCUUACUGCUGAAGCUGACGAAUCCAACGGGCCACGAGAUGCAGAUACGUUUGCUGCAGCCCGAGGACGUUCCCGAGCCCGAGGAAAAGGUGGAGGAACCCAAGAGCAUAGAAAAGUCGCUGGAGAAGUCGCUCAACUUGGAGAAGGACAACUCGUGGCAGGAGACGGUGCGCAGAAGACCGUCGUUGGGCGGCUGGUGCCGCGUGGCCACGCCGGAUUUGACGCUGACCUUGGCGCAGCGCGACGACGCCGCUGAGUACGACGACGACGCCGCUCACGACGCCAGCGACAUAAUCCUGUGGCGCAAGUCGAACAAGUUGGCGCUGCGGCUGCGCGUGUCGGCGGAGGGGGGCGCCGCGCCCGGGGCUCCUGCGCUGCUGCCGCUGGCGCUGCAGUACCGCUACCGCAACACCGUGCCGCCUGCCGCGCAGCCGCCGCGCGACCACACGCUGCACGCCACGCUGCAGCUGCACCUCGGCGAAAUCUGCGGC